CCUCAGUGCGCUGUUGCACUUCAGGCGGAGGAAAUGGCGCCCGUCAGGUGUAGCAGGCUGUACUGUGGCCAACCAGUCAAGUACUCUCGGAGUUGACACGUAAGCUAUCAGAUUGGCUCUCACCGUACCGGGCUCGGCGGGUACAGAACUAUGUUUUUAAGCGGAGAGGGACCCGGUUCGUGUCGGAUCCUGAAGCCGUAGCUGGAACCCCGGACUCUGACAUUUGGGAACACAGUUGCUGGUACUGCAGAUGCCUUGCAGUGAAAUGGCCAAAGAGCAGAAACAGAGCAGGGCGGAAACAUUUGUUCUAACUGGAUCAAACGGUCACAAUGGCCAGCAGUGGCAGACUGGUAUGAAUAACUUGGUCAGUCAUCCUCCAGGCCCUAACCACAUGUCGAGGAUGGCCCGUGUUGCCUCAGAUGUCAGGCAGAAGUGCGCGGCAUAUGUGCUAGCACUGAGACCAUGGAGCUUCAGCGCCUCGCUCACGCCGGUGGCUCUUGGCAGCGCCUUGGCGUAUAAACUUGAGGGUUCUGUGGACUUGGUGAUCCUGAUGGUGUGUGCGGUGGCCGUCCUCGUAGUCCACGGGGCAGGCAACCUCGUAAACACCUACUAUGACUUCUCCAAAGGGAUUGAUCACAAGAAGAGUGAUGAUAGGACUCUGGUGGAUGAAAUAUUGGCGCCCCAGGAUGUUGUUAUGUUUGGAGCAUUGUUAUAUUCUUUGGGGUGUUUGUGUGCCACUCUGCUCUACUUCCUGUCUACACUUAGACUGGAGCACCUAGCCCUUAUUUACUUCGGGGGACUCUCCAGCUCUUUUUUAUACACUGGAGGCAUCGGCCUCAAGUAUGUGGCCCUGGGAGAUGUGGUGAUCCUCAUCACCUUCGGCCCUCUGGCGGUGAUGUUUGCCCACGCCGUGCAGGUCGGCUACCUAUCGGUGCUGCCACUGGUGUACGCCGUCCCACUGGCCCUCAACACAGAAGCCAUCCUCCACAGCAACAACACCAGAGACAUGGACUCUGACAAGCAGGCGGGCAUUGUCACCCUGGCCAUCCUCAUCGGCCCCACGCUCUCCUACGUCCUCUACAACCUCCUGCUCUUUGUUCCCUACGUGCUCUUCUGCAUCCUCGCCACCCGUUACACCAUCAGCAUGGCGCUGCCUCUGCUCACGCUGCCGAUGGCCUUCCCCCUGGAGAAGCAGUUCCGCAGCCGAUGCUAUGCCAAGAUCCCCCAGAAGACGGCCAAGCUCAACCUCCUCAUGGGACUUUUCUACGUGUUUGGGAUCAUUCUGGCUCCUCCGGGCAGUUUGCCGUUACUGUGAUCCUUUAGCUUUGAUAUUCAAAUUUUAUUGUUUUAACACAGACUAGUUUAUGUACCUUCUUGUAUUUGUAAGAAGCUUUCACCGGCUUUCACCGGCUUUAAUUUAUUGUCUAAUUUAUAUGUUGAACAGAGAUUUAGUUUAGAUCCUCCUCUGUGACACUGAAAGCAUAAUCAUAUGUUUUUUUUUCAGUAUUAAGCCCGGUGUAACGUGUUGGUGUCUUUUUGUAGAGAUGGGGCAACAUUUUUACCACAUAAGGACAGACCAUAAACCUACAGCUGCCAUACUUGUAGUUCUUCAAGACACAACAUGUAACACUGAUACCUAAAAACAUCAAUAAACCAUUAUUCUCACCACUGUACUCUCUGUAUGGUACACACCGUUGAUUUGUUCAUUGUGAUUUUUGGAGAGCCAAAUAGUAUUUUAUGGGAUUGUAAUAAAACUCACUGAUGCUGA